CCGCCCCGCGGUCCCCUCUGCCGCUGCACCGCUCCGCCCCGCCCGCCUGCUCUGCCUGCCCGCCUGCUACUGCUGGCGCCCUACACCUACACCCAUCCGUCCUCCUCCUCUACUUGACCCGGUGGUACCACUCGUCCCUGAGCAAGGCAGCGGAUACCAAGCGGGAGCUAGCCCGCGCACGCCUCUCCUGCGCGCGCGGCGAGGGUACGGCCAUGGCGUACCAGUACCACCACCAGGACCACGCGCUGGGGAUGGACGCGGCUGCGGCGGCGGCGGGGAACCCCGGCGGAGGCUUCGCGCCAGGUUUGGGCGCGGGCGCGGGCGGUGGCGGGUGGGAGAGGGAGAAGGCGGCCAUCGAGGCGCACCCGCUGUACGAGCGGCUGCUGGAGGCGCACGUCGCCUGCCUGCGCGUCGCCACCCCCGUCGACCAGCUCCCCCGCAUCGACGCGCAGAUCGCCGCGCGCGCCCCGCCGCCCAUGCCCCCCGCAGGCGCGCCCGCCGGCGGCGAGGAGCUCGACCUCUUCAUGACACAUUAUGUGCUGCUGCUCUGUUCCUUCAAGGAACAGCUCCAGCAGCAUGUGCGCGUCCACGCCAUGGAAGCGGUGAUGGCCUGCUGGGAGCUCGAGCAGACUUUGCAGAGUCUUACAGGGGCAUCUCCUGGUGAAGGCACCGGGGCAACUAUGUCUGAUGAUGAAGACAAUCCGGUCGACAGUGAGAGCAACAUGUUCGAUGGAAAUGAUGUGUCAGAUGGCAUGGGCUUUGGGAUGCUAACCGAGGGUGAGAGAUCCUUGGUCGAGCGCGUAAGGCAAGAGCUGAAGCAUGAGCUUAAACAGGGGUACAGAGAAAAGCUUGUGGACAUCAGGGAGGAGAUACUGAGGAAGCGAAGAGCCGGAAAGCUCCCAGGAGACACGGCGUCUACUCUGAAGGCUUGGUGGCAAGCCCACGCAAAAUGGCCGUACCCAACUGAGGAGGACAAGGCGCGGCUGGUUCAGGAAACAGGGCUGCAGCUGAAGCAGAUCAACAACUGGUUCAUCAACCAGCGCAAGCGGAACUGGCACAGCAACCCUACCUCGUCCUCAUCAGACAAGAGCAAGAGAAAAAGGAACAAUGCAGGUGACGGCAACGCCGAGCAGUCCUGGUAGGGCGGGCGCGGCCGGAGAGCGAAGAACGAAUGCCCCGUAUUAUGUACAUAGCGCUUCCAUCUUGGAGAAGGCUUGAUACUGCUAUUUAUUGGUCCGGGAGACGACGGCGGCUGCUCGCCCCGGAGUCUCCCGGACCCAACACCGUCUGUACUGUACUGUACCCCAAAAAAGAAAAAACAUGUAGUGGUAAUGUUGUAACGGAGUUGCCAGAAAUCUGUAGCUGUUUUGUGGCGCGCCGCCGUGCUCGGAGGCGCGGCGUCGCUGUGAGUGAGUUUAUACGGGCUGUUCCGUGGUGUGUGUCUGUGGGUUGUGUGUUGCGUUCCCGUGGGAUUGAUGGAGGUGUCGUGUGAUCUGUGUCGUGUGGGUGGGUGCUGUAUGUUUGCGUACCUGUAUGUGUACUGACCAUGAUGCGCUUGUCCGGGUCUGCACCCUCGGUCU